UGUGAGUCGUGUGGUUAGUGUUGCAGACUGGUGGUCAUGAUAGACAGCGUGACGGAGGAGGCGGUGAGCAAGGGGGCCCGAUGGGGUGCUCCCCCGCGGGCGGCCUCCCCGCAGGGGGCGUCCCUGUGCACGCCGCGGCCGCGCAGCAACGGCUACCUGUGCGCCCAGCUGGCCCCACCCGCGCAGACACCGCCCGGCAAGAACGGCGCCGCGCCCAGGGCCAGCGACGAGGACGAGGCCGAGAGAGGGCUGCUGCUCCCGCCGGACCCCAGCAGCCUGGCGGCGCCGGGCUUCAUCGCCAAGUCGGCCACCGAACUUAGCCCACAGCAGCUCCGGCUGCACGAGAACCCCCUGUGCGAGGCGGCGCCGGCCUCGCCGAGGAACUCGCCCAGGGCCUCGCCGACCCACACCAUCGUGGAGGUCAGCAGACUGUGCGGCCACCCAGCCACCACUACCACCACCAAGCGGAAGAGCGGGCGGCCGCGGGAGGUGGGCCCCGUGGGGCUGGUGCUGCGGCUGGGCGCCGGCCUGAGCGGCGUCAACAGGUUCGCCCUGGCGGCCGGCGCCGUCAUCCUGCUCGGCGCCCUCGCCCUGCUCGUCAUGUGCGCCGCCAGCUACUCGUGCGCGCCAGGACCCGAGUCUCACACCUGCCUGUCGGAGGAGUGCGUCAGAACCGCCGCCUCGCUGCUGUCCGCCAUGGACCGCUCCGCCUCGCCGUGCCAGGACUUCUUCCAGUACGCGUGCGGGUCCUGGAACAAGCGGCACCUCAUCCCUGAGGACAGGUCGUCCAUCAGCACGUUUGAGGUCCUCGCCGAGCAGCUCAACCACAUCCUCAAGGGCAUCCUCGACGAGGACGUCAACGUCAACGACUCCAACGCCACGAAGAAGGCCAAGAUCUUCUACAAGUCGUGCAUGGACCUGAACCAGAUUCGGAAGGUGGGCGACGUGCCCCUGAAGAAGGUGCUGACCUCGCUUGGCGGGUGGCCCGUGACCGUGCCCGGGUGGAAGCCCCCCGAGUACCCGCUAGAGGUGCUCCUGGGCCGCCUCAGAGAACUGAGCGAAGGCGUGCUCUUCCAGCAGUGGGUUGGUCCCGACGACAAGAACUCUUCAGUGAACAUUCUCCAGCUGGACCAGUUGCAGUUGGCACUCCCCUCCAGGGACUACUACCUCAAGACAAGCACCGAGACCGAAAUUAAGGCCUACCACAAGUACGUCACGGAGGUGGCCAUGCUCAUGGGCGCGGACAAGGCCACCGUGGCGCAGGAGAUCACAGAGGUCAUCAACUUCGAGAAGCGCCUGGCCGAGGCCUCGCUCCCAGAGGCGGACCGCCACGACACCUCCCUCAACUACCAGCAGCUGCCGCUGUGGCGCCUCCAAGAGGACGUACCUGAGCUCGACUGGCACCUGUUCCUCAAGACGGUGCUCAAGACCGACAUCUCGAGGGAGGAGCCCGUCGUCUGUUACGGCCUGCCGUACUUCAGGUCCAUGGGCAAGAUCCUGGCCGAAACCGACAGGAGAGUGGUGCACAAUUACGUGCUCUGGCGCCUCGUCAUGACCGUCAUCCCGCACAUGAUUGACGAGUACGCGUCUAAGCGGGUCGAGUUCCGGCGGGUGCUGCACGGCAUACUGUCGGAGCGGCCGCGCUGGGCGCAGUGCGUCGAGCUGACCAACAAGAAGCUGGGCAUGGCCGUGGGCGCGCUCUUCAUCCGGGACAACUUCAACCACGAGAGCAAGGAAACGGCGCUCGAGAUGAUCCACAACAUCCGAGGCGCUUUCAACGAGCUGCUGGCGGAGAACGCCUGGAUGGACGACGAGACCAGGGCCGUGGCCAAGGAGAAGGCGGACGCGAUGAACGAGCGGAUCGGGUACCCUGACAUGCUGACCAACCCGGCCGAGCUCAACCAGGAGUACAUCAUGCUGAACGUGACUCCUGGCCAGUUCCUGGUCAACAUCCUCAAUGUGCUCCGCUACGAGGCGUACCACAACUUUCAGAACCUGCGCCAGCCGGUGAACAGGGACAAGUGGUCCACGGAGCCCGUCGUCGUCAACGCUUUCUACAACCCGAACAAAAACGACAUAAUGUUCCCCGCCGGCAUCCUCCAACCCCUCUUCUACUCCAAGUACUUCCCCAAGUCGCUCAACUACGGAGGCAUCGGGGUCGUCAUCGGUCACGAGAUAACGCACGGCUUCGAUGACAAAGGCCGCCAGUUUGACAAGGACGGCAACCUGAUGCAGUGGUGGAACAACGCGACGGUGCGCGCGUUCCGGGAGCGCGCGCAGUGCAUCGUGGACCAGUACAACCGCUACAGGCUGCCGGACAUCACCUCCUUCAUCAACGGCCGCAUGACGCAGGGGGAGAACAUCGCCGACAACGGCGGUCUCAAACAAUCAUUCCGCGCUUACCGGAAAUGGGUUGCCAAGCACGGCGAAGAGCCUCGCCUUCCUGGCAUCAACUUGACGCACAACCAGCUAUUCUUCCUCAACUACGCCCAGAUCUGGUGCGGGUCGAUGCGGCCCGAGGACGCUCUGAGCAAGGUGCGCUCGUCCGUGCACCCGCCGGGGCCCAUCCGGGUCCUCGGACCGCUCUCCAACUCCAACGACUUCGCCGAAGCCUUCGACUGUCCACUUGGCUCCCCGAUGAACCCGGCAGACAAAUGCUCUGUAUGGUGAAUGAAAGAGGAGAUAGGGGUGUCACCAUUACACACACAUACACCAAAACUACUCCAAAUGAUAAUGAUAAUAUAAACGUUGCGUUUAAUAGCUCCCAAUCUGAUGCAGUGCGAUGAAAUUUUUGUGACAUUAUAUGCUGCAUCCAUACCGGUUCGGUCCUUCCCCCCAGUUAGCUCGAACAAACCAGAAAAAAUGAAAGGCAAAUGCAAACUACUCCUCAAAACUGAGGGGCGUUGAGGGCCUAAGAAAAAAAUGUUGAACUAACUCCAUUAAUUCUUUCCAAAACUUCAAGAUUUUUUUUUAAUGCUUAGGUACAUAGUUUCUUCCUAGUAACACACAUUUAAAUAUCUUGCUUUACUUGCUUUACCUAGGGCAUAUGCUGCAUCUGUAAAUAUCACAAUGAAUAUUUUUAUAUACAUUAAGCUUCAUUAACAAGUAGGGUCUGUAAAAUACGUAAUACACUUUUCUACAUAUAAUUAUUGUCAAGUAUUACCUCUCAUGCUUCAAGCAAACAAUUUUUGUUCCACUCAAGUUGGAGAGCAGUUGCAUACAGCAGUAAAAGAUGUUCUAUUCAUUUUCUGCAACUAUUUUGGCUUGCCGUAGGUUUCCUAUGAUGCCCUUUGUACUUAAUACAACAGUAGAAUAGUUAUCAUAUUAGGGAGUUUAUACUGUACUUAAGGCAGCUCUAUUUCUUAAAUUUAAUAUUCCAUGAGCAGUUAGAGAUGUUGUAGCAUGUGCGCACACAUUAAACCUAAAUUAUACAUAGUUCAAAAACACUCAUCUUUCAAUCAAGUUUCAAUUUAAGCAAGUCUCACCAAAAAUUCCUAGAAUCAAAACUACACAUUUACCAAAUCAGACAUUAAAAAUAUAUUUACUUUAGUACCUGACAUGUUAGAAAAAUUUGUGAGCUUUGUGUAAAGAUUAAAAAACCCUUAUUGCUGGAAAAUUGUAGCUGCUGUGAUUUAGAUAAGAAAUUCAAUGAAAAUAGAUGUACAGGGAGCUUUGGGGUUUAAUAAAUUCUUUAUCUUGAA